AUGGUGCACUUCUCAGACUCCAUUUUGAGCCAUUCUUCGGCUUUGGCAGCCGUUGCCUCGUCGUUGCUGAUCGUCGCUUUCUUUCUCAAGCGCUAUUCCCGCCUUCGCCACGUUCCAGGCCCUUUUCUUGCAGCUUUCACAGACCUUUGGUUCGCCUAUAGGUAUUGGACAGGCACAAACUUUGCUCGGCUCACCACAGAACUCCAUCACAAGUAUGGCCCGGUGGUAAGGCUGGGACCCAACCGCUUGAUCUUCAGCAAGGCGGCCGCCGUUCCUGUGAUAUACAGAACGACUGAUGUUAUGCCAAAAUCGUCAUUCUAUCUCCCACUCCGAAUCAUGAUCCGAGGUCGUGAGAUAACUUCAUUUGUCAGCGUUCUCGACGAGAAAAGAAUGAGUGCCAUCAAGCGCCUUCUGCUGGGAAAUUUCACCAUGAAUUCCUUUCUUCGACAAGAAUCCGAGCUCGACCGUACAAUAUCCUCGUUGGUGAGUUAUCUCCAGGACACCAAAACCAACGUCGCGAUAGGCACCACGCUGGGGUAUUGGGCUUUUGACAGCAUUUCGCGCAUUGCGUUUACAGAAGACCAAGCCUUUUUGAGCCAGCAGCAGGACUGCGGAAACACCAUCGGAGGCGCAGCUGAGCGUAUCACGCACCAGCAUUAUUGGGGAGCCAUGCCAACGUUGGAACGGUGGUUGUUCAAGAAUGCCAUCAUGCAAAGGCUGGAAAAGUCGUCAAUGCUGGGCGCUCUUGCGGCCCAACGGUUGCAGAAGAGGCUGCGCCAAGAAAAGGACGCAGAAAGCCAACUCGACCUCUUGGGGAAAUACCUGACAGCCAGUCGAAGGGCACCUGAGUUGAUCAAAAUCAAUGACGUUGUAGGCUUCCUGGUGUCGACCAUGCACGCCGGCAGCGAGACGAUCGGACAGACGACGGCAGCCAUCCUCAUAAAUCUGUUACAGCAUCCGGAGAAAAUGGCGAAGCUGGAGAAGGAAAUCCUUUCCGCGUCACUGAGUGACAUGCCGCAGUUUUCCGAGGUGCACAAUCUUCCCUACCUAGAUAGUGUCAUUCGUGAGUCUCUAAGGUGGAACAUGGCUGCCGUGGGCUGGUUGGAACGGACAGUCCCGGGAACUGGAGCCAUGAUCGAUGGCGUCUGGGUAUCUAGUGGCACUGAUGUGUCGGUCAGCAAAGCAGUAUUGCACAGAGAUGCGGAUGUCUUUGGGCCCGACCCUGAACUGUUCAUGCCAGAACGAUGGAUCGGGCUCAGUGACGAGGAGCUCAGGCGGAUGGACCAGGCAGAUCUCAGCUUCAGCACUGGACGCCGGAUUUGCAUCGGGCGCAAUCUAGCAAUGAUUGAGAUCAAGAAGGCCAUUGCGCGGCUCAUCAGGACGUUCAAGAUUGCUCCCACUGAUCCCAACGAUGACCUGCAGCCAACCGCACGGGGGCCGAGACGACCAGUCUACAACGCAAACCUGGAUUUCAUAAGUCGGGCGGAGACAGACGCCACAGAAGAACACGCUAUAGCUUGGUAA